AUGCAAGCUCGAGUAGAGUCUUCGUGCGCAUCAAGGUCUCUUGGCGGCACAGUUCAAGGAUCUCGUCAAAUAAUUUGUCGCCGCUUGGCUGUUGUCACAAAGGCGCUUACAGCCCAAGGUGGGGGCUGGAUGUGGGAUGGGAGGAUCAAGAUAAUGCAGGGGGAUGAAGUUGUAGCGUGGCUUGAGGAGCAGAAUAUGGGCAAGAAGGCUGUCGAUGGGCCUGUUCAUAGGAUGGGUGCGACGAGUGUGGGUGGCAAUUCUGAGACAGGUAUGUUGGCAGAGCAUGCUAAGUAA